AUAAGGAUUUGGUCUCUGUCUUCCUCCCUCGUUCAUUUUUCAUUAUAUCUUAACCCUUUCCCACCAAUCCCUUUGAAUACCCAACUCGGUCAAACUGGGAUGGCUGUCCCGUUUCAGCUUCAAGCCCAUUGAAGCCAAGCUAUGGUUGAAACAUAUUACGCUGUGUCUCCUCUGUUUCUUUGACCAGUCCUGGGUUUGACGUCUGAAAAGGGAUAUAUUUUUUUUUAAAAAGAUCAUUGGGUGUUCGGAACUCGAAUAAAAAGAUCAAUCAUAUGAAAUCUUUUAAGCAGUCUUUUUACGGGUCAUUCUUAAACAUAACGGACAUAGCCUUUUUUUUUUCCCUCAUUGCUUCCUUAAAAAAUCUCGGGGGUUUGAGGAUCCUGGUGGUGUUGGGAGAUUACUUUGAAAAGCCGAAUAAUAUACAAAGUUCCGAGCUUCAUAGUCGAAGAAAAAUGGCGGGUCGUAGAAGAAAGAGGCACCACUUCAGCAGAAUCCAUGCGUUUACGUGUGGGAAAGCAUCGUUUAGAGGGGAGCAUUCGCUCAUUGGAGGCCCUGGAUUCUCCAGGAUAGUGUUAUGCAACGAACUAGAACGCGUGGAGGAUUAUGGCGAUAAUUACGUGAGAACUACUAAAUAUACACUAGCCUCGUUCCUCCCAAAGUCGUUAUUCGAGCAAUUUAGGAGGGUUGCUAACUUCUAUUUCCUCGUAUGUGCGAUCUUGUCCUUCUUCCCUGUUUCUCCUUAUUCAGCUGUCAGCAACGUUCUUCCUCUGGUGGUGGUGGUCGCUGUAAGUAUGGGUAAAGAGAUGGUUGAAGACUGGAAACGCAAACAGCAGGAUAUUGAGAUGAAUAACAGAAAGGUUAAAGUCCAUCGCGGAGGAGGCGAUUUUGAUCAGUCUAAAUGGAGGGAUCUAAAAGUUGGAGACAUAGUAAAGGUGGAGAAAGAUGGUUUUUUUCCUGCUGACCUCGUAUUAAUUUCAUCGAGUUAUGAUGAUGCUGUUUGCUAUGUUGAGACCAUGAAUCUUGACGGAGAAACAAAUCUUAAGCUGAAACAAGCACUGGAAGAAACUUCCGUAUUGCAAGAAGAUUCAAGCUUUCAGAAUUUCAAAGCUAUGAUCAAAUGUGAAGAUCCAAAUGCAAAUUUGUACUCCUUUGUGGGCACUCUGCAGCUAGAAGAUCAACAGUACCCUCUUGCACCUCAGCAGCUUCUUCUUAGGGACUCAAAGCUGAGGAAUACCGAUUUUAUUUAUGGCGUGGUUAUCUUUACAGGUCAUGAUACAAAGGUUAUGCAGAAUUCAACAGAACCUCCCUCUAAGAGAAGCAAACUUGAGAAACGAAUGGAUAAGAUAAUCUACUUCCUGUUCUCUGUCUUGUUCAUCAUUUCUCUUAUUGGAUCCAUUUUCUUUGGAAUAUCAACUAGGCAAGACCUUGAAAAUGGAAGAACAAAAAGAUGGUACCUUAGACCAGAUAAUACGACAGUCUACUAUGAUCCAAAUCAAGCUGCAGUUGCAGCAAUUUUGCAUUUCUUGACUGCGCUUUUGUUAUAUGGUUACUUGAUUCCCAUUUCCUUAUAUGUUUCGAUAGAAAUUGUGAAAGUUCUUCAGAGCAGAUUCAUUAACCAAGAUGUGACCAUGUAUUAUGAAGAAACUGACAGGCCAGCUCAUGCUCGCACCUCAAAUUUGAAUGAAGAACUUGGCCAAGUUCGUACCAUACUUUCAGAUAAAACAGGAACUUUGACCUGCAAUUCUAUGGAAUUUAUCAAGUGUUCCAUUGCUGGGGUUGCAUAUGGUCAUGGAGUUACAGAAGUUGAGAGAGCUCUUGCUAGAAGAAAAGGAUCUCCUUUAUUUCAAAAUUUGACAGAUGAGGAUGAUCAUGUUGCAGGAAAGCCAUCUAUCAAAGGAUUUAACUUUGUAGAUGAAAGAAUCAUGAAUGGAAAUUGGUUCAAUGAGCCUCAUGCAAAUGAAAUCCAGAACUUUCUGCGUUUGCUGGCAGUAUGCCAUACUGCAGUACCUGAAGUUGAUGAAGAAACAGGUAAAGUCUCAUAUGAAGCAGAAUCACCAGAUGAGGCAGCUUUUGUGAUUGCUGCAAGAGAACUAGGGUUUGAAUUUUAUGAAAGGACACAGGCAGAAAUUUCGAUACGUGAGUUUAACCUCAAAUCAAAAAUGAAGGAGGAAAGAUCCUACAAACUCUUGAACAUAAUAGAAUUUAGCAGUGCAAGAAAGCGGAUGUCUGUAAUUGUUAGGGAUGAGGAGGGGAAAUUGUUGCUACUUUCCAAAGGUGCUGAUAGUAUCAUGUUCGAAAGACUUGGAAAGAAUGGAAGGAUGUUUGAGGAGAAGACUAAGAAGCAUGUUGAUGAGUAUGCUGAUGCUGGUCUGAGGACAUUGUUACUUGCAUAUCGCACGCUUGAUGAGGAAGAAUAUAAUCAAUUUAACAUAGAAUUCACGGAGGCCAAGAACUUGGUUAGUGCAGAUCGGGAGCAGAUUAUAGAGGAAGUAGCUGAAAAGAUUGAGAAGGAUUUGAUUCUUCUUGGUGCUACUGCAGUUGAAGACAAACUUCAAAAUGGGGUCCCUGAAUGCAUUGAUAAAUUAGCACAAGCUGGAAUUAAGCUAUGGGUUUUGACUGGUGAUAAGAUGGAGACAGCAAUCAAUAUUGGAUUUGCUUGCAGUUUACUAAGACAAGGAAUGAAGCAAAUUAUAAUUAGCUCAGAUACUUCAGAAAUCAAAUCACUGGAGAAAACGGAGGACAAGUCUGCUGCUGCAAUUGCUAUUAAGGCAAGUGUUCUUCGUCAGAUAAAGGAAGGAAUGGCAUUUCUUUCUAAGUCACAUGAAAACUCUGAGGCAUUAGCUCUAAUCAUCGACGGGAAGUCUCUUGUUUACGCACUACAGCAUGAUGUGAAGGACAUGUUUCUCGAACUUGCAGUUGACUGUGCAUCUGUUAUAUGCUGUCGUUCGUCUCCCAAACAGAAAGCACUUGUUACAAGACUAGUAAAGAGUAAAACUGGUAGUACAACUCUUGCAAUUGGUGAUGGGGCAAAUGAUGUUGGAAUGCUCCAAGAAGCAGACAUUGGAAUUGGCAUCAGUGGUGUUGAAGGAAUGCAGGCAGUUAUGUCAAGUGACAUCGCGAUUGCCCAAUUUCGGUUUCUUGAGCACCUACUUCUUGUGCAUGGACAUUGGUGUUACAGAAGGAUAUCAAAAAUGAUCUGCUACUUCUUUUACAAGAAUAUUGCCUUCGGCUUCACUCUCUUCUUCUUUGAGAUGUAUGCAUCAUUCUCAGGGCAAGCAGCCUACAACGACUGGUUCCUGACACCGUACAAUGUAAUCUUCACUUCACUUCCGGUGAUUGCCUUGGGAGUGUUUGACCAGGAUGUCUCCGCUAGAUUAUGUCUCAAGUUUCCACUACUAUAUCAAGAAGGUGUCCAAAAUGUCCUGUUUAGCUGGAAAAGAAUUCUUGGUUGGGUUUUCAAUGGCCUGUUGACUUCUACUAUCAUCUUCUUCUUCUGUACCAAAGCAAUGGAGCAUCAAGCCUUUCGAAAGGGCGGUGAAAUUGUAGGCCUAGAAAUCCUGGGAGCCACCAUGUACACGUGUGUUGUUUGGGUGGUAAACAGUCAAAUGUCAUUAUCUAUAAGCUACUUCACGUACGUACAGCAUAUAUUCAUAUGGGGUGGCAUUCUAUUGUGGUACAUAUUCCUCUUGGCAUAUGGAGCCAUGGAUCCCACCAUUUCAACCACCGCCUACAUGGUCUUCAUUGAAGCUCUUGCUCCUUCCCCAUCUUACUGGUUCAUUACUUUGCUUGUGCUUUUUUCCUGCCUUCUUCCAUACUUCGCCUAUUCUUCCAUCCAGAUGAGGUUUUUCCCUAUGUACCAUCAAAUGAUACAAUGGAUAAGAAAUGACGGGAAGACCAGGGAUCAAGAAUACUGUGAUAUGGUGAGACAGAGAUCUAUACGACACACGACCGUUGGGUACACGGCUCGUUUUGAAGCAUCCAAACGAUUCGAAGACAAGCCUCAUCAGCAGCAGCAUCACUAAAUGGCUUCUUUGCUGUAUCUGUAGCAUUAAUAGUGAAGAGUAUAGUGUAAAAUUUUUCCAGAGGCAAUCUUUCACUGAUCGUACAUAUUAAUUUCAGAUAUGGAUCGUACAUAUUAAUAGUGAAAAAACAUGUUAGAGAUGUGGUGAAUAACGUCAUGUGAUGGUCUCUGCGGUGCCUCUGAUUUCUGUGGCCAUCUUUGAGAUCAGAUGGAAAAUUGUAGUCAAUAAUACCCAGUGAUAAGUUCAAGUGUAGCAUGGGGGAAUAGUCAAUUCAUUUGUAAUCUUUGAUUCUUUCGUGUACAUGAGUGAGGUGUCAUUGUAUUAUGAUGUAAUUUUGAAGUUGAAUUCAUUCAAAUUUUUCCAACCA